AUGCCGAAUAAAACCAAAAAAGACAAGGAGACUCCUAAGUCUGGCAAAGUGGGCAAGAGUGGAGGACAAGAGAAUUCAGAGCAUGAGCAGAGCUCGAACAGGAAGGCUAGCAAUAGUGUUCCUCCCACCACUCAGCUGCUAAAGGGGAAGCAGCCAGGUUCGCAGACACCUGUCAAAAAGGACAAGAGACAGAGCUCCUCUCGCUUCAGCUUGAGCAACAACAGGGAGCUGCAGAAACUGCCUGCUUUUAAAGAUGUUCCCCCUGCAGAGCAGGAGAAGCUGUUCAUCCAGAAGUUGCGGCAGUGCUGCGUCCUCUUCGAUUUUGUUUCGGACCCACUGAGUGAUCUGAAAUGGAAGGAGGUGAAACGGGCGGCCCUAAGCGAGAUGGUGGAGUACAUCACCCACAACAGGAACGUCAUCACAGAACCAAUCUACCCAGAGGUGGUUCACAUGUUUUCUGUGAAUAUGUUUAGGACGUUACCGCCAUCAUCCAACCCCACGGGUGCCGAGUUUGACCCAGAGGAAGAUGAGCCUACGCUAGAGGCAGCGUGGCCACAUCUACAGCUCGUCUAUGAGUUCUUCCUACGGUUUUUAGAGUCACCUGACUUUCAACCAAACAUAGCCAAAAAGUAUAUUGACCAGAAGUUUGUAAUGCAGCUCUUAGAUCUGUUUGACAGUGAAGACCCCAGGGAAAGAGAUUUUUUAAAGACCACUCUUCAUCGCAUCUAUGGCAAGUUCCUGGGCCUGCGAGCGUACAUUAGGAAACAGAUUAAUAACAUAUUUUAUAGGUUCAUUUAUGAGACUGAACAUCAUAAUGGAAUAGCAGAAUUACUGGAAAUAUUAGGCAGCAUAAUCAAUGGAUUCGCAUUACCAUUGAAAGAAGAGCACAAGAUAUUCCUGCUUAAAGUUCUGCUGCCAUUACACAAAGUCAAGUCUCUUAGUGUAUAUCACCCACAGCUGGCCUACUGUGUGGUACAGUUCUUAGAGAAGGAUAGCACCCUCACAGAACCGACAGUGAUGGCUUUGUUAAAGUAUUGGCCAAAAACCCACAGUCCAAAAGAGGUGAUGUUCCUCAAUGAGCUGGAGGAGAUCCUGGAUGUCAUUGAGCCUUCGGAGUUUGUCAAAGUCAUGGAGCCCCUCUUCAGACAGUUGGCCAAGUGUGUGUCCAGCCCACACUUUCAGGUGGCAGAACGAGCUCUGUACUACUGGAACAAUGAGUACAUCAUGAGUUUGAUCAGUGACAACGCCGCCAAGAUCCUGCCCAUCAUGUUCCCAUCCCUCUACCGCAACUCCAAGACCCACUGGAACAAGACGAUCCACGGGUUGAUCUACAACGCUCUCAAACUCUUUAUGGAGAUGAACCAGAAACUGUUUGAUGACUGCACCCAACAGUUCAGGGCAGAGAAAAGCAAAGAGAAAGCCAAAUGGAAAGAGAGAGAAGAAGCAUGGCUGAAGAUUGAGAAUCUUGCAAAGUCAAACCCACAGUUUCUGAUGUACAUUGACUCGGUAGACUCAGACAGUCCCAUGGACAUGGAGACAGAUGGACCACUGCUAGAUGAUGUCAACAUGCUAAAGAAAACAGUAGUGGAGGAAGCCACACAGAUCCAAAAAGAUCAGCGUAGAGAGCGCCCACUGAUGCGGAGGAAAUCAGAACUCCCCAAGGACAUCUGCACAGUCACAGCCUUGGAGCUGCACCGGAGAGCCGAGGAAAUGCUGACGACGCACGACGGCCACUAAGAGACCACCCCGGACCCACCGUAAACCAGCAGCAUCCACAGAGGAACCACAGGCCCACAGAGGCCAGCACAGCAACAAAUCUCUGGUAUCUCAGUCCAGCCCAGCACAGCACAGAACUGAACAGUCCCAACUCCUGACACAGAAAAUGUCACCGUGCCCUGAACUUCACCCAAGAUACUGUAGUGUCGUUAUCUCUUUUUCCUCCCUCGCUUUUCUCUUUUGCUGUUUUUUCGGGGUGCUGUGCUGCCCCCUUCUGGUCAUUUCUCUCAGGUGUUCUGUUCUGUGUGUGUGUGAGCUGUCUUCUCUUCUUGCCUCUUCUUUAUAGAUGUCAGGUGCUUGUACAAAUAUGAGCCCCCCCCCCCCACCCCCAACUGUAACCUCCACAGAGGACUUCUCUGGUUUCAUUUUGAGUGGCUGAGAAAAUGUCCGUUGUUUCUAUAUAUUUAAUAUUAGCUAUUUUUUUUCUCAUAACAUUUAAACAAGACAGCUGUUUGUAUUUUUUCCUACAUAUUAUAUUAGGAGCUCCUCUCAAAGUCAGACACGCUUCCUAUCCGUAUAACCGUUCUGUUUGGAGCUUGCUAUUUUUUCUCAGCUCAUUUUCCAUUCGCUGUGAAGAUCCAUUGAUCUCUCUGUUAAUCAGGACAGGGUCAUCUCGGUCUCCCAGUAGAGUGUGUCUGUAUGAAAAGCAUUACAACACAGCUCUGUUGGUCAAACAGUGCUGGCCUAACAGACGUCAUCCAGGUUCCAGGUUUUCCACCUAACAGAUCUUUGUUUCUGUGUAGAAGCCUAGUUUGGUGCCAACUUCUCUCGUUAAUUUAGUUUUACUAAUUAGAAAUUUGUAGGCAAUAAGUUAACACGGGUUGCAUUGUGUGUCGGCAGCUCAAACAAUGGUCAGAUAGUUUUGUUAUUACAUGUUUAGAGUCCAGCCCGGCUUGCUGCGCCUGUUAUAUGAGAGGGGGAUUGUGGGAUUUAUUUUUGGUUGCCCCUUUCACAUCCAGCCAUUGUAGGAGUGUGUUUAACAUGGUCAUUAGCAUUCAGUACAAGUCGCUGUCAUUCAUGUGAGACUUAUGAGAGGUCAGAGAGAUGUUGUUGCUCGUCUGGGAUUUACACAAUGUUGCUGCGGGUUGAGAGAAGUCGAACAGGGGGCAGAAACCGUGCUGAUAGUGAUCUUUUUCUACUCUUCUCAAGCAAGACCCUUUUAUUUAUAAAACACUUGUUCGAGAUUAGACUGCUUCACAGAUGAGGUAUGUUUGGUUUGAAGAGGUCAAACAUAAGCCUUUCUUUUCACAGUGCCUUUUAUAGUCUAAGGGGAUAUUUGCUCAACUGAGAAUCGAGUAGUAGCAUGAACUAAAACGCCAGGUCAGUUUAAAAAAUAAGAUAAAAUGUAACAUUGGUUUCCAAAAACAGAUGCGUUCAAGUCCAUACUUGUCACACUUCCAGCCGCUUGGACUCCAGCGCAUGCCUUGUUGAAGCUACAAAGUCUUUUGUAGUUCUAAGCUAUAGAGGAGAAACAGAGUGGUCGCCCCCAAACCACUUCAGCGAUGAAGCACUUCCUGAUAAAACUUGAAAGAAAAAAGAAACACAACUGAAAAAAAAAAAAACAACAACUACU